CGUCACUUCCGAGGCGGGAGAAAGAAGCUGAUUGGCCAUGGUCGCCGCGGCAACCAGGAGGAGUCUGCUGACGGCGAGGGCCAUGGACUUCAUCACCUCUGUGGCCAUCCUGCCCCUGCUCUUUGGCUGCCUGGGGGUCUUCAGCCUCGUCCAGCUGCUGCAGCGCAUGUGCAUGAAGGCCUACCUCCGGGAUGCUGUGGUGGUGGUCACAGGCGCUACCUCCGGGCUGGGGCGAGAAUGUGCCAAAGUCUUCUAUGCAGUUGGCGCUAAGCUGGUGCUCUGUGGCCGGAACAGAGAAGCCCUAGAAGAGCUCACUAAAGAACUCGCUGCUUCUCAGGCCACCAAGGUGCAGACACACAAGCCCUACAUGGUGACCUUCGACCUCACAGACUCUGGGUCCAUAGUUGCAGCAACAGCUGAGAUCCUGCGGUGCUUUGGCUGCGUGGAUGUGCUCAUCAACAAUGCUGGGGUCAGCUACCGGGGUGCCAUUGUGGACACCACCAUGGAGGUGGACAAGAAAGUCAUGGAGACAAACUACUUUGGCCCAGUUGCUCUCACAAAAGCUCUCCUGCCCUCCAUGAUCAAAAGGCGGCAAGGCCACAUUGUAGCCAUCAGCAGCAUCCAGGGCAAGAUCAGCAUUCCUUUCCGGUCAGCAUAUGCAGCCUCCAAGCAUGCUACCCAAGCGUUCUUUGACUGCCUGCGUGCCGAGAUGGAACAGUACGAGAUCAAGGUGACUGUCAUCAGCCCCAGCUACAUUCAAACAAGCCUCUCUCUAAAUGCCAUCACUGCUGACGGGUCCAAAUAUGGAGUUAUGGACAAGACCACAGCCAAGGGCCGAAGCCCUGUGGAAGUGGCCCAAGAUGUCCUGGCUGCUGUGGGGAGGAAGAAGAAAGAUGUGAUCCUGGCCGACUUGGCACCUUCCUUGGCUGUCUAUCUGCGGACACUGGCUCCUGGGCUCUUCUUCAGCCUCAUGGCCUCCCGGGCCAGGAAGGAGCGGAGACCUAAGAACUCCUAGUGCUUUGUUGAGCCCGGGUGGGAAAGCAGUGCCUGCCUGGGUGUGGCUGCUCUAUAGGGAACAGUUGCUUUUGUGGGAGCUUUAUGGUUAUUUGUUGCAUGGGUGGGAAGGAUGGAAGACAGUCUUGCAGAUCCCUGGCUAGGCCCCUGCUGGCAGAGAACAGGAACCACAAAAGGCAGCAACUUCCCAGGGGUGUGGGGUAACCCUUAAGGAGUUGAUGUGGAACUGGGUUUACACUCUAAGGAUAUGAAAUAAAUGAAUGAAUGGUGGAAGUUGUAGUCUUCGGGGACUAGAAGAACCAUGCCUCCUUUGGAUUCCAGCCUCUGCCAGGAAUCAGAAAUCUUGAAAUCAUCUUGAAAUCAGAAGACUCCUGACAUCACCUGACCAUUUUCACAUUUGACUUAUCUAAGACCACCUACCUAGUUGUUUGUCAGAGUCCACCUCCAGUACUCAAGGGAGAGGCUGCAGUUUAAGAAGUCAUUAUUCAUAUUCAUUUCCAAGGUCCUAUAGUAUUUCAUCCAACAUAACAAAUGGGCUGAUAUGUGAUCGACCUUUUAAUAUGCCUCAGUACCUAAAAGGAACUACCCAGUGUUCCUGUUGACUCACCCACAGCUCUGUAGGACCAAGCAGCACUCCAAGCAGAUGAACUUACUAAGGAGAAAGCAGCCACAAUGGAGAGGAAAGUCCUGCACGACCCCACAUACCCUCUAGGAAAUAAGACCCAGAAACCUGGUCAGGCAGGAAGGGGUCUCAAGCAGCAUCUGGUCCCCUGGUGGAAGCAGCCCAUUCGUCAGCAUAGCCAGAAAUGCCUGCCUCCACCUUCCUGAUUUACUAAAAAUACAUGGCUGAGGUUCACUGAGUAAAUCAGCUGCAUAUCUGAAGUUCAGGAUGAAACUUUUCCUGUUACUGAAGCUGAGAGUAGAAAUUGUGGGUACAUUGUAUAGGCUUCCCCAGAUUGGAAUAAAAAUCUGGCAUAUCAGACUAUGUCCUAACUCUGGCUUUCUGUAGCUUGUAUUUUAACAGCUAUGUCUGAAAUAAAAAUGGCCAAAGCCAGCCUGUAAUUAGGGUGUCUGAGGCCCUCAAGUGUCCUGGGAGCAGUAGGAGAUGAGGAUGGAUGGAUAGACCUGGGGACCCUCCCCAGCUCCCAGCAAGGCCUGAGGCGCCAGGAGCCUACGGUGGAAAUGUGCACGCAGACAUGGGGGCGGCUCUUCCUUUCCUACAUGAGCCAUCCCCCUUCCUCCUGACACAGAAGAGAGAGAUGUCUGUAGCGCUCACUCAGAAUUUGGAGUCACGGAAGAGUAGGACCUCUGAGAGCAGCGGCAGCCGCUCUAAAGCUGAGGCCAAGGUCGAAUAAAAUUUCCAAGCACAUGGCAGGCCUUGGAAAAGGCAGUGGGAAAGGAAGCUGUCUCUCUUAAUUGUUGGUUGGCACAAGAGGUGCUGCCCUUUCCUGUCCUAAAUAAAAUGGCCAGCAGCUGGAGACCGCUACGCACACCACCCUUAGAGCACAAGUCCAGUGGCCAUGAAGCCCGGCCCGGAGGGCAUCGACCAUAGUGCCCAGUGCUAGGCUUUGGAGCCGCUGUGACGGUGGCCAGGAGCCCACUAGGCCCUGGCCCAUAGGUGAGGGUUGGUGUGGGGCUGAGCAGACAUGAAGGGUCUCAACCUAGAUACGGCACCAGAGCCAAAUCCAAAUACCACUAGAGGGAUUUCCCUCACAUUCUAAGAAACUUAGCGUGCUUUCUAAAACUUACCUUUGAAGGUUUAUAUUCUACCACAUAAAUAAAAUAAUAUAACACUAAUA